AUGAGACAGCAGCGGCAGUCUUGGGUCCUGAAAGACCCGGAGGUCAGAUAUCCAAAAAUUGAGAAAUUUGCUUUGGCAUUGAAAGUGGCAGCGGAAAAACUAAGGAGAUAUUUCGAAGCCCACAUCAUCGUAGUACGGACGAACCAACCUCUGAGAAAGGCGUUGCAGAGGCCAGAAAUGUCAGGAUGGCUGGUCAGCUGGUCGGUCCAGUUGGGAGGAUACGACAUCCGGUAUGAACCGAGACCGGCUCUGAAAGCGCAAGUGUUGGCUGAUUUCAUAGCCGAGACCACAGCGAGUGACCAACCUGAGGAGGCUGAUGAACAACUUCUACAGUGGGUCUUAGAAGUCGAUGGGGCAUCAAAUCUGGAAGGAUCUGGGGCAGGCGUAGUCUUGAAAGGCCCUCACGGAGUUACACUCCGAAGCUCGGUGAGAUUCGAUUUCCCGGCAUCCGACAAUGCCGCGGAAUACGAGGCUCUGUUGAUCGGAUUGAGAAUGGUAAACGUGGUCAAAGCCGAGCAUGUAACGAUAAAGAGCGAUUCUCAGUUGGUCGUUUGUCAGAUCCUGGGUACUUUCGAAGCUCGGGAUCCAGAAAUGAGAAGAUACGUUGACAGAGUCAAGUUCUUAUUGAACAAGAUUCAGGAGCUCGGAGGAAAAUGGGUGAUAGAACAAGUUCCCCAUUUGGAAAAUCAAGAAGCCGACGUACUGGCCAAAGCAGCAACAGUGAAUGAAAAGAUACCGGGGGUCCAUUUCUCUGUUCAAAAGCAUUCCAGCAUCGACAACCACGAAACCAUCUUUCUGACUCAGCCUUUGGAAAAUUGGAUGCAAGGCAUAGCCCACUACCUGAUGGACGGAACUCUGCCACAGAACAGAGACAAAGAAUACAAAAAUCUUGCGACAAGCCCUGUACUACGCUUUCCUCGACGGAGUCUUGUACAGGAAGUCAUUCACCCACCCGUGGUCGAGAUGCCUAACAGUAGAGGAGGGGGAAUAUGUUCUGAGGGAAAUACACGAAGGCAGGCAGAGGAGAUAGUAAAAAAGUGUGAGAACUGUCAGAGGCAUCAGAACAUCCGACAUGCUCCAACCACAGAGCAGUGUCCUAUCACCAGUCCUUGGCCAUUUGCAACAUGGGGGAUCGACAUCCUGGGACCUUUCACGCCAACCACGGGGCAGAAAAAGUUCUUGAUAGUGGCAGUAGAUCACUUUACGAAGUGGAUCGAGGUAGAAGCGGUGAGCACCAUCACGGAAGCUCGGAUUCAGGAUUUCUUCUGGAGGCAAAUUAGCAAUGGGAUGACCGAGGUAACCAACCGAACAAUUCUAAAAGGGCUUAAGGCCAGGCUGGGACAGUAUGAUAAGCAAUGGCUGGAAGAGCUACCUAAGGUCAUCUGGGCUUACCGAACUACUCCGAGGGCCGGGACAGGAGACACCCCGUUUUCUCUAACAUACGGGUGUGAGGCAAUGAUACCAGUGGAGAUCGGGAUGCCAACCCUGAGAGUCCAGUUCUUUGAUGAGGCCAAGAACGAGGAAGAGCAGAAGUUAUGCCUAGACCUGUUGGAGGAACGAAGAGAGCAGGCAGCGCUGAGAAUCGAAGCAUACAAGCAAAGAAUGGCUAAGUAUCAUAACAAGAGAGUCAAACCUCUGAGUUUUCAAGUUGGAGAUCUGGUCUUGCGACGGGCAGAUAUUGCUAAGGGUAAUGCUGGUGUGGGAAAGCUCGAACCCAACUGGGAAGGCCCAUAUCGGGUCACAGAGGUCGGACGAGUAGGAGCUUACAAGAUAGCACACAUGUCGGGCAGACGGGCUAUGUGCCAUCCACGAGCUAUUUGCCACCAUCUACGGGCUAUGUGCCACCAGCGGGCUACGCGCCAUCAACAGGCCAAGUGCCACCUACGGACCAUUCGUAAUCCCGAGCAAUGA